CCUCGUGCUUGCAUCUGUUCUCUUAUUGUUACAACUCAUCAAAGGCUGGCUGAAUCUACGAAGUCAAGCUUUUAUUUUUUCGUUUCUCUUCGAGAAAAAUCAAGGUAAGAUUUAUUUCAAUGAGCGUAAGAAAGUCAUCCAUGACGUAUUUUAAAGGGAUGCAGUGUUUUAGGGGAACAGAUCCAGGCAGAAUUUUUCUAUGAGUGAAAUAAAUUAGUUUUGAUAUCGAAGGCAAAAAUUGACGCGAUUUAAAGAAGGGAAUCAAAACGUUGUAAAUUUGGCUUUAUAUAAGUUAAAUGAAUAGUCUUUCCACCGCUAAAAUUAGGCGUGGUGUACGUUAGGGUAUCACUUAUGUUCCGUGACCAGUUUGAAGCCUCUGGAUGGGUUAUUACCGUAGAUGGACACGCUAUCAUAAAUACAGCAUUACUACAUGAGCUCUGGUGUACUUCGCAUGGAACAUCUGCCGACAUCAUUCGUUUAUUUUGCCAUUUUUAUCGCAACUUCUGCUAAGAGGCACAACUUUUUAACAGUGAUAUGAAUCAAAAAUGACCAUAAAUGAGAUAAAUAAGAGGCUUCUCCGCAAUUUCUUGAUUAGUAUUUCACUGUUCAAAACUUUCUUUGUUUGGUGUGACCACGCUGUUUUACGUGCAUUGAAAACAGUGAGAAAACAUAGUUCCUUGUAAGGCUAUUUUUUGAAAAGCAAAAUAUAUCAAGCUCGGUUUUAAAAGACCUGAAACAACGGUGAGCAAAAUAUUUUUACGGUCUUCAACACGAUUCGGUAACGCGAAGGAUAUUAGAACAACCGCAGUGAAAAUAACUGAAAUAUUGAAAAUAAUUGUCACUCUUGUAAUUGAUGUAAGUGUUAAAAGAUCCAAAACGUUCGAUAAAAACAGUUGUAUGGCUCUAGGAUUUGCCAUAUAAUGAACAUAUAACUAAGUGUCUGUGUAUGUCGAUGUAUUUCGCGAAAAACCCUCUCGAACUGAAUUCUGAAAUGGGUCUAAAUAAUAAUAGUGAAUACUCGUUUAAAAAUCCGGAAUAUUUCAACCACAUAACAGGUGUUAACUUCAUUUAGAGACUGGUCAUUAUUUAUCACCUGAGUGGGGGGGGGGAUAUUUAUCACCUGAGUGGGAGGGAGGGGGGGGGAGAGAAGGUUGGAAGAUUUUACUUGUGUCAAUGCGAAAUUUACCUGAUUACCCCCAAAAAGUUCUGUAAUGUUCUUAUGACCACCCUUCCACUGGCAUUUCAUCAGGGCUGUCAAUUUUCGUCAGUCUCACCUUUAUACUCUGUUAGUGACGACUGACUCCCAUUCCGUUCCCCCUGAAAACCACGUGAUCCCACCAAAAUCCUCCAGCAUUUAUGCGCGUGCGCAUCACCGUAGACAAAACUAUCAACGUGAAUGGACUUUGUCUGUUUAGUAAGUAUCUUGAUAUGUGUUUUAUUACAAUUAUCUGAAAUAACACGAUUGGUCGAUAGAAAAUUCAUGUGUGCAAAAGAAGCACAAGUAAUCACUAAUGCGUAAUUUUGGUUGAAAUCCUGGCGGACUUAUUACUUACGAAAAUGAAAAUUUAAAUGAAUAAUUAAUUUGCGACAAUAGUUACUAGAUGUUCGAUUUGAAUCUACUUCAGUCAAGAGGUUAUUCAUGAAAAGGUUAUUAACUUUCUCGCCGUAUUAGGUGUAGAAGAGAGGUAGGGGUAGGUGUAGGGGUAGGGGUAGGGGUAGGGGUAGGGGUAGGGGUAGGGGGGGGUAAGGGUUCUUCCACACAAGGAUUCAUUUCGGUGAGUUGGUGGGAUGGAGGGGUUCCAGGCAUAAAAUUUCGUUAACGUAGCAUAAAAAUUGAUUUGGAAAAAUAAUCAGUCUCUUCGUCGUUUUUUGCGUUUUCGUUAGUCAAUCUUAGUAAACACCAAUCAGAAUGCCUGUAGCAUUGGAAGAGAUGCAAGCUCCAGAUACCAUACCAUUUUUAUCUCUGCAAUUAAAUAAGAGUAUGCGCAAUUAUGGCAUUGACCUAGUUUUGAGAUUCCUGAGAGUGGCCUAUCACGUCUACACCCGGCCGCUUACUUGUGGAGUUAUUGUAUUUAAUAAUUUUUUUUCAUGAUCUCUUCCAGGUUGAGAUAAUUAAACACUGAUGGGCGAGGCAAAAGACGUAGUGAAGUUGGAAUGGGGGAUGGAAGGCUGGAAGGACAAGACUAAGGCUAUGAAAGAGGAGAUAAAACGUCAAAGUGAAGCGAACGAACUGUUCUUUGUGAAAAAUGCCAAGCAACUUGACCUGUCCAACUUUCUGGAGGAAAGCACCAACAAGUACACCUUUGCAAUUAUGGGAAUGAGUGGAGCAGCCAUUGUAAAUCUUCUUCGCACGAUCAUCAUGGAGUACCGUGAAAUAGACAGUGGUCCUUACUACUUCAAGUUUGCGGCUGAUAAAAAGUUUAAGGUGGAGCUCAUGCCCACAGCACUCUAUCCUGGACAUGGGCUGAUUAAAGUCGUUGGCAGAUUGAAGUAUUACUCUUACCAUGAAAUGUGCGCGUUACUGGCUAAGAGUGGCGUGACAAGCAAAGGGCUUGGUGACAUGACGCAUAAACUGAAUACCAAAGGCAUGAAGUCUGCGUUAUUUAAUGCAGUUAGUCCCAUGAACGAACUCCACUUUAUGCUACUCUUUGAGAUCGCGCGGAGACUGGUGCGGGAUUCAAACGGGAAGCCAGUGUCGACAGAUCCCGUGCUCGACCUGCUUCCCUCGGGCGUAAUCAUUGGUCGAAUCAUCGAGCUUUUACGCGUGGAGAAAGACGUCGUACUGAGUUACGACAAAGUCUUCGGUGAUCAGCAGCCUCUCAAUUGGAUAACGGAGAACAACACUAUACUCAAACGCCAGAAAAUGACUGCCAUUAAUAAAAUGUUCUUUGAAAAAUUUAUCGAGGGUCAGCAAGACGAAGUCCCGUUUAUUCGGAGGUUUCUAGAGGAGAAUAAGAACGGUUACAUUAUCAAAACUUUGAAGGGGUACCUUGACGAUUUAAAAGAAGUAUUUGGCGAAAUGUGAUGUAUCACGGAUGAAUUCUAACAUGUCGCACCCAGAUCUCUCUCUAUUUAGGGAAAGUGGGAUGCCUGUGUGAAAAGUAGAAACUGGGUACGAUGUUAACUUGAACUACAAAAACAUAUCAUAUUUUAUUUAACAUAGGAAGUUUACAAAAGCGCAAAAAAUUUAGUAUUUAAAAUGAAAACAUUACUUGUUUUUCUCUAUGAACAUUAUUGAGCUAAUUUGAUGUUCCUCCGACAAUGUUCCUCAAGGAGAUAUAAAAUUACAGAUGUACAGCACGUCUUGCUCGCUAAAUUAAACAGGGACAAAAAAAUAUGUGUUUCUUCGGAAAUAAACUUUUUUCAGAUUUUUUUUGCAUAUGCGUAGUCAAACUAGUUUGCGUUAUGUGUGAGUGUUACUGAUAAGUAAGUGAGUCAGAAACUUACACACUCUUGAAGAUUUUGUAAGUGCAGCCACAAGACUCGUUUUUAUCUGGGGACAACGGACGGAAUCGAACACUUAUUUAACAGUGAAGGGACAUUGGCAUAAUGUUACAACGAGGGAAGUCGUGUUCUGGCUGUGUCUUAGUAGAAUUUGAGUCAUUAUCAUUACUUAUUUGCGCCAUGAAAUACUAUCAUUUUCAUAUGGGAGUUGGACAAGAGAGAGGUACAUAACGUCAAUGCCUCUCUCCUUCACCUUCCCACGCCUUAGUUACACCAUUUUCUAUCAUGAUUCUCCUUGCAGGCCCGACAGGAGUUUUAAUUUUACCUUGGUGAUUGAUAUUUCUAAAUCUUUUACUAGCUUAAGUCUCCCUCAUUAUCAUAACUUUAUUUACAACUGAAAAUCAUUUUUUAUUCGUUAGCGGUUGGUGGCUGUCAGCCUUCGUGAAAGUUGGUUCCGCAGGGAUUUACACUUUUGGAACUUUGACGCGAUCAAGAUUCAAGUACUAUCUAGGUUUGACUGCAGGUUUCUCGAUUGAAAUAGAAAAAUUGAACUUAGAAAUCCUUACGAAACGAACCAUGCGUAAAGGAUCUCAGCAGGUUAUCGAAGGUGCAAAGGUUACCACUGAAUGCAAUGUUGAAAGAGUAUAUUUAUACGAAAUUCUUUUCGCCAUCAUUUCGUAGCUGGUUUACCUUUUACUUUUAAUUAAGAGUAAGAAUAAAAGAAGAAUCC